AUGUCAUUGAGUCAUCUCACUUUAGAUCAAUAUUAUGAAAUACAGUGCAACGAACUUGAAGCGAUACGUUCCAUUUAUAUGGAUGACUUUACUGACUUAACUAAAAGAAAGUCUAGCUGGGAUAAGCAGCCACAGAUUAUAUUCGAAAUUACGCUUCGAUCUGUUGACAAAGAGCCGGUUGAAUCUUCUAUAACAUUACAUUUUGCGAUGACCCCAAUGUAUCCUUAUACCGCUCCAGAAAUAGAAUUCAAAAAUGUACAAAAUGUAAUGGAUAGUCAAUUGCAAAUGCUGAAAAGUGAAUUUAAGAAAAUCCACAACACCUCCCGAGGCCAAGAGAUUAUAUUUGAAAUUACAUCUUUUACUCAAGAAAAACUGGACGAAUUUCAAAAUGUGGUAAAUACACAGUCCUUGGAAGAUGAUCGAUUACAAAGAAUCAAAGAAACUAAAGAACAAUUAGAAAAGGAAGAAAGAGAAAAACAACAGGAAACAAUAAAAAAAAGAUCAGAUGAGCAGCGAAGGAUAGAUGAAAUUGUUCAAAGAGAGUUGGAGAAAAGACAAGAUGAUGAUGAUGAUUUGCUAUUCAACAGAACAACCCAGUUAGAUUUACAACCACCUUCAGAAUGGGUUGCAUCAGGUGAAGCUAUUGUCUUUUCAAAAACUAUAAAGGCAAAAUUGCCUAAUAACUCAAUGUUCAAGUUUAAAGCAGUUGUAAAUCCUAAGCCAAUAAAACUGACAUCAGAUAUAUUUAGUUUUUCCAAACAAUUUCUUGUGAAGCCUUAUAUACCACCAGAAUCUCCGUUGGCAGAUUUUUUAAUGUCUUCUGAAAUGAUGGAAAAUUUCUACUAUUUGCUAUCUGAAAUUGAAUUGGAUAAUAGCUAUUUCAACACAAGUAAUGGAAAAAAAGAAAUAGCAAAUUUAGAGAAAGAGUUAGAGACGGUGUUGAAAGCUAAGCAUGACAAUGUGAAUCGAUUGUUCGGUUAUACGGUGGAGCGCAUGGGGAGAAAUAAUGCAACGUUUGUUUGGAAAAUAAGACUCUUGACAGAGUACUGUAACUACUAUCCAUUGGGAGAUUUGAUACAAUCUGUUGGAUUUGUUAACUUAGCAACAGCGCGUAUUUGGAUGAUUAGAUUGCUUGAAGGAUUGGAGGCCAUACACAAAUUGGGAAUUGUUCAUAAAUGUAUCAACUUAGAAACCGUGAUCCUGGUGAAGGAUGCAGAUUUUGGAAGCACUAUUCCCAAGUUAGUUCACUCCACUUAUGGCUACACUGUUUUGAAUAUGCUAUCGAGAUAUCCAAAUAAAAAUGGUUCUUCGGUUGAGUUAUCUCCAAGUACAUGGAUAGCCCCUGAGUUGUUGAAAUUCAAUAACGCCAAACCUCAAAGAUUAACUGAUAUUUGGCAACUUGGUGUUUUGUUUAUCCAGAUAAUCAGUGGAUCUGAUAUAGUGAUGAAUUUUGAAACGCCUCAAGAAUUCCUAGAUUCAACAAGUAUGGAUGAAACUUUAUAUGAUCUUCUUUCGAAAAUGCUUAAUAACGAUCCGAAGAAAAGAUUAGGAACAUUAGAACUACUGCCCAUGAAAUUCUUAAGGACCAAUAUUGACUCUACAAUCAAUCGAUUUAACUUAGUUUCCGAAAGUGUCAAUUCUAAUUCCUUGGAGUUAACUCCUGGAGAUACCAUAACCGUUCGGGGCAAUGGAGGUAGAACACUUUCACAAUCGAGUAUACGAAGAAGAUCAUUUAAUGUUGGUUCCAGAUUCUCUUCUAUAAAUCCUGCAACGCGAUCACGAUAUGCUUCUGACUUUGAAGAGAUUGCAGUUUUAGGCCAGGGCGCAUUUGGACAAGUUGUCAAGGCACGUAAUGCUCUCGAUAGCAGAUACUAUGCGAUCAAGAAGAUUAGACAUACAGAAGAAAAGUUAUCUACUAUAUUGAGUGAAGUAAUGCUGUUAGCAAGCUUAAAUCAUCAAUAUGUUGUGCGUUACUAUGCUGCAUGGUUAGAAGAAGACAGUAUGGAUGAAAACGUUUUUGAAUCAACUGAUGAAGAAAGUGACUUGAGCGAAUCUUCCUCUGAUUUUGAGGAAAAUGAUUUAUUAGAUCAAAGCAGUAUUUUUAAAAAUAGAACAAAUCACGAUUUGGAUAAUAGUAACUGGGAUUUCAUAUCGGGGUCAGGAUAUCCGGAUAUUGUCUUUGAAAAUAGUUCUCGUGAUGAUGAAAAUGAAGAUCUAGACCAUGAUACUUCCUCGACUUCCUCGAGCGAAAGUCAAGAUGAUACUGAUAAAGAAUCAAAGAGUAUCCAGAACGUUCCAAGAAGGAGGAAUUUUGUAAAACCGAUGACUGCUGUUAAGAAGAAAAGUACGCUUUUUAUUCAAAUGGAGUACUGUGAAAAUAGAACGCUAUAUGAUUUGAUCCAUUCUGAAAAUUUAAAUCAACAACGUGAUGAAUAUUGGAGGUUAUUUCGACAAAUUUUGGAAGCACUGAGUUAUAUACAUUCCCAGGGUAUCAUUCAUAGGGAUCUGAAGCCAAUGAAUAUUUUUAUAGAUGAAUCGAGAAAUGUUAAAAUCGGUGAUUUUGGGUUAGCUAAGAACGUCCAUAGAUCUCUGGAUAUACUUAAGCUAGAUUCACAGAAUUUGCCAGGCAGCUCAGAUAAUUUAACAUCCGCCAUUGGUACAGCAAUGUAUGUUGCUACUGAAGUUUUAGAUGGUACAGGUCACUAUAAUGAAAAGAUUGAUAUGUAUUCACUUGGAAUCAUUUUUUUUGAAAUGAUCUAUCCUUUCAGUACAGGUAUGGAGAGAGUUAAUAUUUUGAAAAAGUUACGAUCAGUGUCGAUAGAAUUUCCUCCUGAUUUCGACGAUAAUAAGAUGAAAGUUGAAAAGAAAAUUAUAAGGUUACUCAUAGACCAUGAUCCCAAUAAAAGGCCUGGUGCUAGGACAUUAUUAAAUAGUGGUUGGCUUCCUGUGAAGCAUCAGGAUGAAGUAAUCAAAGAGGCUUUAAAAAGUUUGUCGAAUCCUUCAUCCCCUUGGCAACAGCAAGUUCGAGAAAGUUUAUUUAACCAAUCUUACAGUCUAACAAAUGAUAUUCUAUUUGAUAACUCAGUUCCAACAUCCACUCCUUUCGCAAACAUUCUCAGGUCCCAAAUGACAGAAGAGGUAGUUAAAAUUUUCAGGAAACAUGGAGGAAUUGAAAAUAAUGCUCCUCCGAGGAUUUUUCCAAAGGCCCCCAUAUACGGUACGCAGAAUGUAUAUGAAGUGCUUGACAAGGGCGGUACCGUCUUGCAGUUACAAUAUGAUUUAACUUAUCCUAUGGCUAGGUAUCUAUCUAAAAAUCCAAGUCUGAUUUCUAAGCAAUAUAGGAUGCAGCACGUUUACCGACCUCCUGAUCAUUCAAGGUCAAGUUUGGAACCUAGAAAGUUUGGUGAGAUUGACUUCGACAUAAUUUCAAAAUCUUCCUCAGAGUCAGGAUUUUAUGAUGCAGAAAGCUUGAAAAUUAUCGAUGAAAUAUUAACCGUAUUUCCUGUAUUUGAGAAAACAAACACUUUUUUCAUAUUAAAUCAUGCUGAUAUUUUGGAGAGUGUUUUCAACUUUACAAAUAUUGAUAAAGCCCAAAGGCCUCUAGUUUCACGAAUGUUGUCGCAAGUAGGCUUUGCAAGGUCCUUCAAGGAAGUAAAGAAUGAACUAAAGGCGCAACUGAACAUAUCUUCUACGGCAUUGAAUGAUUUGGAGUUAUUUGAUUUUAGACUGGACUUCGAAGCAGCCAAAAAACGCCUGUAUAAAUUGAUGAUUGAUAGUCCGCAUCUAAAAAAAAUUGAGGACUCUUUGUCCCAUAUAUCAAAGGUUCUCAGUUACCUAAAACCCUUAGAAGUUGCAAGAAAUGUUGUGAUAUCUCCUUUGAGUAACUACAAUAGCGCUUUUUACAAAGGAGGUAUCAUGUUUCAUGCAGUUUAUGACGAUGGAUCCUCACGUAAUAUGAUAGCUGCUGGAGGGAGGUAUGACACUUUGAUAUCCUUUUUUGCCAGACCAUCAGGAAAAAAGAGCAGCAAUACUCGUAAGGCUGUAGGUUUCAACUUAGCGUGGGAAACAAUAUUCGGUAUAGCCCAAAACUAUUUCAAACUCGCUUCUGGAAAUAGGAUAAAGAAGAGAAAUAGGUUUUUGAAAGAUACAGCUGUUGAUUGGAAGCCAAGCAGGUGUGAUGUAUUGAUAUCGAGUUUUUCGAACUCUUUGUUGGACACAAUCGGGGUUACAAUACUGAAUACAUUGUGGAAGCAAAACAUUAAAGCGGAUAUGUUAAGGGAUUGUUCCUCGGUGGAUGAUGUCGUUACUGGCGCUCAACAGGAUGGUAUAGACUGGAUUUUGCUGAUUAAGCAACAAGCGUAUCCACUAACCAAUCACAAGAGAAAGUACAAGCCAUUAAAAAUAAAAAAAUUGAGCACUAAUGUUGACAUAGAUUUAGAUCUUGAUGAGUUUUUAACCUUGUACCAACAAGAAACUGGUAAUAAAUCUUUGAUCAACGAUAGUCUCACUUUGGGCGAUAAGGCUGAUGAAUUUAAAAGAUGGGAUGAAAACAGCAGUGCCGGUAGUAGUCAAGAAGGUGACAUAGAUGAUGUUGUUGCUGGUUCGACUAAUAAUCAAAAGGUAAUUUAUGUUCCAAACAUGGCUACAAGAUCUAAGAAAGCUAAUAAAAGGGAAAAGUGGGUUUAUGAGGAUGCAGCCAGAAAUUCUUCGAAUAUGAUAUUACACAAUUUAUCCAAUGCACCAAUUAUCACUGUUGAUGCCUUAAGAGAUGAAACUUUAGAAAUAAUCUCAAUUACUUCUUUGGCUCAGAAGGAAGAAUGGCUGAGAAAAGUUUUUGGGUCAGGUAAUAACUCGACUCCUAGAAGCUUUGCCACGAGCAUUUAUAAUAACCUCUCCAAAGAGGCUCAUAAAGGGAAUAGGUGGGCAAUAUUAUACUGCCACAAAACCGGAAAAUCAUCUGUUAUCGAUUUACAGAGGUAG